AUGACCAGUGUUUCGUAUACCCUGGACACGUCGGAGGUUACAGGUCACAAGCUGGGGGUCAAUUCUUUGGCGUUCUCUGGUGACAGGCUAUUUUCUGCUGGAAGAGAUGGGAUGGUCGCCUCAUGGUCGAUAAAUAAGUCUGUGUCAAAUGAUGCACAAGGGGAUGACAAAUAUGACGAGUUUGACACCAACUAUAAGACUCAUCCUCAGAUAGACAAUUAUAUCGCUAAAAAUGUGGACAAUGAAACAGAAUUGUCAAAAUUAGAGCGCAGCAUUGCUAGGGGUCUAAAUUUCAGGCAAAGUUCUUUUAAUGGUUUUGAACUGGAUAAAUAUUCUAUGCUUCAUUCAGACUGGAUCAAUGAUAUUAGUGUUUUAGAUGAUAGCACCAUUGCUAGUUGCUCUUCUGAUUUAUCGGUGAAAUUGUGGAACCACAAAACUUCUCAAGUGGACACUUUGGGCCACCACAGUGACUACGUUAAGUGUCUUGAUUUCAACGAAGAAAAUAACUUUUUGGUUUCAGGUGGCUUGGAUAGGCAAUUAAAACUUUGGGAUGUCGAUCAUAGAAAGGAAUCAAGUCAUUAUACCGGAAAGUCUGAUAGGUCAUCCAUUUAUUCAGUAGCAACGAGUAACCAUAUGAUAUGUGCGGGAGGCCCCGAGAAUGCUAUUCAAAUGUAUGAUCACAGAAUUGCCACGCCUGUUUUAUCCCUUAUGGGCCAUAGAAGUACUGUGAGAUGUUUGAAAAUUUCCCCUUCAUAUAUUCUCUCUGGUUCUUCCGAUACGUCAGUGAAAUUAUGGUGUCUGAGAACAAAUCGAAUAUUAAGGACAUUAGAUAUGCACCUGGCGCCAGUUUGGUCUUUGCAUGCUCCAGACCCAGACUUUGGGGUCUUUUACUCGGGUGAUAAAUCGGGACUUUUAUUCAAGACUGAUUUGCGUUCCUGUAAUUAUGACGACUACUUAGACGAGAGCAACAAUGAUAACUUCAUACUUCAAAACAAAAUUAACGAAAACUUGGGUGUUGCCACGUUAAUAGCUGAUCUGUCAAAAUCAUCCAAAAGUGAAAACAGUGUCCUUUCCAUUGUUUCAAAUGGAUCUAAUGUUUUCACUUCCACAACCACUAUCCAGAAUAGUACAGAGAAAAGUUUGAAAAAUACCUGUAUUCAAGCUUGGAAAAUACCCAUAACGAAUAAGAUUAUUAUUCACCAAGCUAUCAGAUUAAGGAAGAAUAUUCUUUUACUGAACAGUUUCCGACCAGGAAACUUGGAGGACGGUGAUGAGUCAAGAGAUGUCUACGAUUUGGUGUCUAUGCUAUCUCAUGAAACAUCUAACUAUGAUCUAGCUCAGAUAGAUGACGCUCUUUCAAUUUCCCAUAUUUCUCCUGAAGCGACUCCUAUUGAAGAUGUGAUUGGCCUCAAAAGUACCCCUUUUGCUUCUUUCCAAGGCGGCUCUUCUGGCGAGUUUGCUUAUGCUGACAUUAACACUGGCCAGUUGACUAUUAACAUCGAUCCAAUUGAUCCCGAUCAAUUUGAACUUUUACCAAUGAACGACAAGCCAUCAUUUUCCUGUUCUGGAAAUCCGGGACUUAUCAGAUACCAACUUUUGAACAAUAGACGCCAAGUGGCUACCAUGGACGAUAGUCUCAAUACCCAGCUCUGGGAUUUAUUGAAUUUUAAAAAAGUAGAUGAAUGCAUGUUGUAUGAUACCAAAGAUGUCGAGCUUGAAGGCAGCGAUGAGGAAAGUUACAGAUUUGAGUCGUACGCUGAGAAGUUUCAAACAAAUGAAACUUUACCAAUUUGGUGCAAAGUUCAAGUCAGAGCUGGUAAGCUCUUUAUAACCUUAGAAGAGAAUACUCUCACGAAUACUGAAAUCUACAUGGAUGAUUUAUUCGAACUAUAUCCGGAGUUGGGGAAGUACUACUCAACUCACCAUAACUCGGAAUCUCACGAUUACACAGCUUUAAGGUUCAACAUUGGAAAGUUAGUACUGACUAGUUUAUUUCAGAACUUUGUUGAUCUAGAGAUUGUUAAACAAAAAACAGGUUCAGUUUCAACUUCAUCCUCUGGAAUUUCGAAAAAAACUGAAGAUCCUUCUGAUUCAACGUCCAAAAAGUUUAGAUUGUUUGGACGCACAAAGAGUUCUAAUAAUACCGGUGCCAGCUCAAUUAUCUCCACUGAAGAUUUGGUAGAAUCGAUAUUUGAUCCGAACCAGCCAUUUAAGUUCAAUAAUUUUGAGGUUCCUCGCAUCAGCUCAACCAAGAAUGUUCAGCUCAUCGUCAACCAACAAUUCCAAGAUCUAAGAAAUGUCACUAUUGAAGUCUAUGAGACAAAUUUAUCUAUUUUAAAGACACUGGAUCAAGGUUCCAUUGAUCAAGUUUUGAAGGACUUAGAAACGCAUCUGCCUAAAUGGAUCAUAAAUGCAUUAUUCUACAACAAAUACAUGGAGAAGCCCCUGAAUAAGGUAAACUUUGUGCUUUUAGACGGCACUCCAAAGGACUCUCCUCACAAGCUUCCACCACUCGAGAAUAAUAGCCUCAAACUAUCAGCCUACAAUAUGCUACGGAUGAGGAAAGUGCUUUGCUAUAUUGUCGAAAAGUUUUCCGAGAAGCCGCCCGAAGCCUCAAUUUAUCCAGAUCCAAGUAGUUGGUUGACUGUUCAUUGUCAGGGACAGAAACUCGACUUGAAUAUGACGCUUGCCACGGUGAAGGCCCGUAUCUGGAAAAACAGUGGAGAUAUUGAGCUCAAUUACACUAGGACUGUCCCACCAUCGGGUGGAGAUUAG